AUGGUUGCUCAUAAGUCACUGAAUAUGGAUAUGAAGAGGAGAUUGGAGGCAAACAAUAUAACUGGCAUAAGAGCCACAAAAAGCAUUAGGUUGCUUGAAGUUCAAGCAGGUGGACUAGAAAAUGAUGUUGUCAGUUUUGACAAUACUUACCUUGUUAAUCGAUACAAGUUGCCAUUUGCCACCAUUAUUGGAGUAAAUCAUCAUAGGCAAUCUAUUUUAUUAGGAUGCGCCUUGAUCUCACAUGAAGAUGUAAACACUUUUAAGUGGUUGUUCAUAACGUGGCUUGAAGGAAUGGGUGAUUUUCAUCCUAAUUCUAUUAUUACAGAUCAAUGUGAGAGCAUGAGGAAAGCCAUUAGGGAGGUGAUGCCUAAUACUAGACACAGAUUUUGCUUGUGGCAUAUAUUAUGCAAAGUACCUGAGAAGUUUAGGGGUGUUAUUGAUUAUGACAGUGCAUGCCUUGAGUUUAAAGCUUUAAUAUAUGAUAGCUUAACCAUCGAGAUGUUUGAGAGAAAUUGGAAUGAGUUUGUUGUGAAGCAUAGGUUGGAAAGAAAUGAAUGGCUUUCCAAACUAUAUGUUGAUAGGUAG